UAGUUUGCAGUUUGCAUUGAGAAAUGGAUUUCCUCUCUGCUGGUUCGAUGAUCCAAGUCCGUGUCCAUCUUCAACACGAUUCUUGAUUAUGGUUUCUUCCGCUGUAACUAACAGAUUCGUAGCACGAUGGAUGACCCCUGGAAUUUCCCAAUUUAGUGCAGGUGCAGGUGCAGGUGCAGGUGCGGUGCUCAUUCAUGCAUGACUCGUCUUCCUAAAUUUCUGCCUGCGGAAAAGCUCAACGGAUUCCGGAAAUAUCGAAAAUUCUGAGAGAUUCUUGCAUAUUUGGUUCAAGUAGCGAUAGCUAAUAAGUAGAAAUUUCGAGUUCGGAAGAGGUUUGCUGCUGUACCGUACGUCCUCCAACUCCAAUGGCGUCCUUGGAAAUAGACUCCGAGAAGAGCGUCGGAAACUCGAAAUGGAGAGAAAACAACGACGGCGGCGACGCCGACGACGACGAGGAAGUCUCCCCAGUGGAAGAGGUUCGUCUAACUGUGCCGAACACGGACGAUCCAACCUUACCUGUUUGGACGUUCCGGAUGUGGUUUUUGGGGCUGGCUUCCUGCGUGCUGCUGUCGUUUCUCAACACAUUCUUCAGUUACCGCGACGAGCCGCUCGUUAUCACCAUGAUAUCCGUGCAAGUGGCGACUCUGCCUCUCGGACGGUUCAUGGCAAAGGUGCUGCCGACGACCAAAUUCCGGCUGCCAGGGUUUGGUUCGCGGCAGUUUUCGUUGAAUCCUGGGCCGUUUAACCUCAAGGAGCAUGUUCUCAUUUCGAUUUUCGCCAAUGCUGGUUCCGCAUUCGGCAGUGGUUCUGCUUAUGCAGUGGGGAUUGUGGACAUCAUCAAGGCUAUUUAUAAAAGGAGCAUCUCAUUCUCCGCUAGCUGGAUCCUUGUAAUCACUACUCAGGUUUUGGGGUAUGGAUGGGCAGGGAUUCUGAAGAAGUAUGUGGUGGAGCCUGCUGAAAUGUGGUGGCCUAGCAGUCUUGUACAAGUUUCUCUCUUUAGGGCCCUUCACGAAAAGGAUAGCAGUAAAUACUCUAGAGCUCGAUUCUUUAUGAUUGCUCUUGCUUGCAGCUUUUCAUGGUACGUUGUCCCUGGCUACCUCUUCCAGACCCUGUCCUCUCUUUCAUUGCUGUGCUUGAUCUUUCCCAAGUCUGUGAUCGCCCAACAAAUCGGUUCCGGCAUGCAAGGACUGGGAGUUUCUUCCAUAACAUUUGAUUGGGCAGUUGUGGCAUCAUUCCUUGGAAGCCCUUUGGUCUCUCCUUUCUUCGCCAUCUUAAAUGUUUUUGUAGGCUAUUUUGCUGUCGUGUACAUCAUGGUUCCGAUUGCCUACUGGGGUUUGAACACCUACAACGCAAAGACAUUCCCCAUCUUUUCCUCUGAACUAUUUGAUCGCCACGGCCAGAUAUAUAAUGUAUCCGCUAUUGUGAACAAAAAGUUUGAGUUCGACUUGCAAGCAUACAAUAAGCUGGGGCAUAUAAACCUGAGCACCUUCUUUGCUUUGACAUAUGGCCUUAAUUUUGCAGCAGUGGUGGCUACUCUCACUCAUGUCAUCAUGUUCAAUGGAAAGGAAAUCUACGAGCGCUAUAAAGCUUCGCACAAAGGAAAGGCGGACAUCCAUACAAGACUAAUGAGGAAAUACAAAGACAUCCCAAAUUGGUGGUUUCACUUGAUGCUUGUUGUGUCCUUAGCUGUGUCUCUUGCUAUGUGUAUAUUCAUGAAGGACCAAGUUCAGCUUCCAUGGUGGGGGCUUUUAUCUGCAUCAGGCCUUGCAUUAGUCUUUACGCUCCCUAUAAGCAUAAUAACAGCCACAACAAAUCAGACACCAGGCCUCAAUGUUAUCGCAGAAUACAUCAUGGGAAUUAUAUAUCCAGGAAGACCAAUCGCCAAUGUCUGCUUCAAAACCUACGGCUACAUAAGCAUGAGCCAAGCAGUUUCUUUCCUCAACGACUUCAAACUAGGCCAUUACAUGAAAGUGCCUCCGCGAUCCAUGUUCAUAGUUCAGCUAGUAGGAACAAUCAUCGCCGGAACAGUCAACAUGGGCGUGGCAUGGUACCUCCUGACAAGCAUCGAGAACAUCUGCCAGAAACAGCUGCUUCCCCCUAACAGUCCAUGGACCUGUCCAGGCGACCGUGUCUUCUACGACGCAUCCGUCAUCUGGGGCUUAAUUGGUCCAAUGCGAAUCUUCGGGCCCGGGGGGAACUACAGCGCCCUCAACUGGUGCUUCAUUGGCGGCGCGGUGGCUCCCAUCCUGGUGUGGCUGGUACACAAAGCAUUCCCCAAGCAGAAGUGGAUAAAACUGAUAAACAUACCGGUGAUCCUGGGAGCAACGGCGGCGAUGCCCCCGGCAUCAACCCUGAACUUCAACAGCUGGAUACUUAUCGGUACGAUCUUCAACCUGUUUGUUUUCAGGUACAGGAAGAAGUGGUGGCAGAAAUACAACUAUGUGCUGUCAGCAGCACUGGAUGCAGGGCUGGCAUUCAUGGGGGUGGUGCUGUACUUCUGCCUGGGGAUCGAAAAUGUGCAUAUAUCAUGGUGGGGAUCUCAGGGGGAGCAUUGUGACUUAGCUUCAUGCCCUACUGCUAAAGGUAUCGUUGUCGAUGGCUGCCCUAUUGUGCACUAGCUCUGUUGUGUUAGAUCACAUCUAUUAUGCCAUUUCAUAAUUGAAUUGAAUCACUAGGUUUUACAUGAAAAUGGUGAUGAAUUGUAUCCUUCUUUUGUUAUGCUCAUCAAAUAGGUAUUUUGCUUCUGGUAUAAAUAUGUUAAGAAUAUCGAUGUUCUCCGGGGGAGGGGUCUUAUAAAGAUCGUUCCCGGGGUUCUUGGGAUGAAUUUUUGAUUGUGUGCUGACUUGAUUUUAAACUUGUGUUGCUGAACGGGUACAAAAUAUAUC